CUGAGCAGUCAACAGCAUUUCUUGUUCCCAAAUCAUCUCUCAGAGCACCUCUCUGGCUGCCAAGGCAGGCCAUCCUGGCGUGACUCCGUUUCUGCGUUCCAGGCAUUAGGCAAUCCCACCAAGCUGGGAUGGCUGCUAAUGUCAGCUGCUUCCUUUUGGUGCUGCUGAUUCCUGCAAUCUGUAAACUCGUCAUCUCUUCGGAUCAGGUGUGCAUUGAGAAAGAAGUGAACAAAACCUAUAACUGUGAAAACUUAGGACUCAACAAAAUUCCUGACACUCUAUCAAACGAAACAGAAAUUUUGGAAUUCAGCUUUAAUUUCUUGCCUGCAAUUCAAAAUACAACCUUUAACAGGCUCCCAAAGCUUACCUUUUUGGAUAUAACCAGGUGUCAGAUUAACUGGAUACAUGAAGAUGCUUUUCAAAGCCAAAGUCAACUGAGCACUCUUGUGCUCACGGGAAAUCCCCUGGUAUUCAUUGCGGAAACUGCGUUUAAAGGGCCCGUGUCACUGAAACAUCUGUUCUUAAUUCAAACAGGGAUAACCAGUCUUGAGUUUAUCCCAGGGCACCAUCUGAAACAUUUGGAAAGUUUGUAUCUUGGAAGCAACCAUAUUUCUUCCAUUGAGCUCCCUGAAAACUUCCCAAUAAAGAAUCUGAAAGUUCUGGAUUUUGAGAAUAACGCUAUCCACUUCCUCCAUAAAAAAGACAUGAAGUCCCUGAAACAGGCUAGCAACCUGAGCCUUAACUUCAAUGGCAAUGACAUUAAAAGUGUUGAAUCCGAGGCUUUCAUGUCAAUGACCUUCCAAAGAGUGAACUUCGGAGGGACUGUGGACCUGUCUGGCAUCUUCAAGGGUCUGAGGAAGUCCACCAUUCAGUCACUGUGGCUGGGCUCAUACGAGGACACUGAUGACGCAGAACUGAAUUCAACCACAUUUGAAGGACUUUGUGAAAUGUCUGUGAAGAGCAUCAACUUGCAGAAACACCAUUUCCAAGAUCCCACGGCAGCCACGUUUCAAUGCUUCACACAGCUGCUGGAGCUGGAUCUGACAGCCACUCACUUGCACCAGUUACCCAGUGCGAUUAAGGGCAUGCAGUCACUCAAGAAACUAGUUCUCAGUGUAAAUAAAUUUGAAAACUUGUGUCACAUCAGUGCUGCCAGUUUUCCAUCCCUUACACAUCUCUACAUCAAAGGCAACACAAAGAAACUCCAGCUCGGUGUUGACUGCUUGGAAACAUUAGGAAACCUUGAGCACCUGGAUUUGAGCCAUAAUGAUCUAGAAGCUGCUGACUGCUGCCAGGUACAGUUCAGAGGUCUGUUGCGCUUGGAAAACCUCAACCUGAGUUACAAUGAGCCCCUGCAACUCCAGAGUCAGGCAUUCAAAGACUGCCCUAGACUCAGAUUUCUGGAUUUGGCCUUCACCCACUUGAAGCUGAGUGAGCAACCAAGUCCCUUCCAAAAUCUCCGUCACCUGCAGGUUCUGAAUCUGUCUCACUGCCUCUUAGAUACCAGAAAUCAGAAUCUCUUCAUGGAACUGCCUGAUCUCCGACAUCUGAACUUACAGGGGAAUCCAUUUUACGACGGGACCAUCCCCAAAACCAACCUGCUUCAGACACUGAGCCGCUUGGAGAGUCUGGUUUUAGCCUCUUGCGGUCUUCACUCCAUUGACCCCCAGGCAUUCCGUAGCCUUGGAGAAAUGAGUGUUGUCGACUUAAGCCAUAACAACCUGACACAUGAUAGUCUUGAAGCCCUUGGCCACCUAAAAGGAAUCUAUCUCAACUUGGCCACCAAUGUCAUUCGCACAAUCCCAUACCAUCUCGUCGCCAUCUUGUCCCAGCAAACCACCAUUAAUUUAAGUCACAAUCCCCUGGACUGCACCUGCUCAAAUAAUGCUUUCUUAACAUGGUACCAAGCAAACCUACAAAAGCUCGAAGGCUCCGAGCAGACCGUAUGUGCCACCCCGCCGUCUCUCAGGGGAGUAAAACUCUCUGCUGUCAAGUUACACUGUGGGCUGACAGCCAUGGGCAUUUGCUUUCUGGUGGUGCUUUUAGGGUUGUUCAUCAUUCUGCUCGUUUUUGCAAUUAAGUUCCUCCUCAGGUGGAAAUACCAGCACAUUUAAGGAUGCAAGUUUUCAGCCAAGGCCAAGAAGUGUUCAGCAAAAUUGCCCUCAAGGAAACAAACUGUCAUCUGCAGCUGAAAAGAUGUAACAGAUGGUUUCAGGAGCAGGGAGAUUUCCGGGUGCUUUUUCUGACCCCCUCUUUUCACCCUUGUGAGUCACAGAAACCAUGAGCCUCCUUGGUGGGGAUGCAACCCAGGCUGGAGGACCAGUUGAAGCUGUGAGACACAAACAAGGAAAUGGGUGCACAACAAGGAAGAGGCCACGACUGUCAAGUG